GAAAAUUUCAGAAGAACAAGCGUCACACUUGUUGAAAGUGGUGCAGAAAUUUGGGAGAAUUAUGUUUAGAUUGAAGGCUCUUUGGAGAGAAGAGAAACGCUUGGAUUGUAUAAAGGUUUCCAUUUUUAUAAAAUUUAAAAAAAUUGUGAUUUUUGGAGAUAAAAUUUUAGACUUUGACCCUAGAAAGUGCGAUUUUUUGGAUGUACAAAAAUCCAUUCUGAGCUCAAUUGCCUUCCAUCUAUAGCUACAAAAUAUCCUAAUUUUUGACCCAUCCCCUCCAACUUUUUUUCAAAAUAGACUAAUUAUUUCUCAUCUACAAAUUCAUUUAAAAAUACCCAAGACUCGAAACACCAAUCAAUUUAUAUUUUUUAGUUUAUCUCUGAAUUAUCAGCUCAAUUGGGAAAGAAAAAACAGUUUGUUCUGUACAGUUUUACCCAGCUCAAUUUGUCUAUAUUACCGAUUUGCUUGAUUUUUUUUGGGUUGGUUAAGAUUACUUCAAUGUGCUCAGGAAGAAAGGAGGCAGGUUUUGUGUUUUUUUUAUAAUUUUAUUUUUAAAGGCUGGACUUGAUGAUUUGCCUGAAGAAUGGAAUAUUGGCGAUAUUUUAGGGUUAUUUUUAAUUUUGUAAUAUUUUGUAAGGUAGAAAUAUUUUUGGAAAUUUUUGAAAUUUUUUUAGUUGGAUGUUUUUAUGAGUGUUUUAGAUUUUUUCCUUUUUUUGUUGGAAUUUUUUGGUUUUCCAUUAUGGGAGGGGAUGGUUAAGUCGUUUGUUUUUUUCUUGUUUAUUUUUUACAACGCCUGGGUUCGACCACCGGUUGAAGUUUGUCCUAUCUUCGUUCGAUCCCCAGUAUGGGUUGAGAAUAUUUUUUAUUUUAAAUUUUUU